AUGAUAAACUCUCUAUGUGGUAGCACGGGUACAAUUAAGAGUGAGAUCACAACCUCCAAGCAACAACCCACAUCGCCGACGGCGUCGGUAUCAGAAUCCAACAACAUCAUCUCCGAAUUCGAUCGCCCCGAUCAAUCUCAGCCGACCAUUUCCUAUCAAGGGCUCAAAUUCGACGUGGAUUGCGACGUGGAGGUCCAAUCGCCCGAUAAUUCCAUAUGGGAGUCGAUCUACUCCGAUCAGAUCGACCUGACCGACUUCAUGAUCCUAUCACCGAGGCGCGACUUCAUGGUCUCAUCCCCCAAGCGAGAAUUCAUGGUCUACAACCAUAACUACAGCUACUUACAAUCCAUGCAUGGUCAGAGUCUUCUUGGGUGUUCGCCGCCUUCGUGUGUUUCAGCCCAGAUCGGAGCCUCAAGCACAACUAACAAAGGAAAAUCACAAAGCCCACUUCAUAAGGUUUUCAAUUCUCCUCAGUUUGUGCAGCCAGAUAGUAUUUCAUUGCCUGCGUUGGAUGGGUUCUUGGAUGAUUACCAAAGAGAUAGUUUCAGUGCGGUGUAUCCGAUGAUGAAGGCGCCGGGAAUUGGGUGUGGGGCGGAGAGUUUUGAGAUGCCGGCGGCUGCAGCGGUGAUUCCGGGGAUAUUGGAUUGCUUGCAGAUGUCGGGUUCGAGGUUUUGUGGGGCAGUGAAUGAGUCGGGUCUGGCGAGUCUGCAGAUGGGGCAGGAGAGGGAUGUGUAUCAAAUGGGUUCGUUUGUGUGUGCACCACAAGCAUCAGCACCAACACAGAUACAGCACCAGCCAAAGCAACAGCCACAGCAGAACCUUGAGCAGUUGCUUAUGGCGCCUAUAUAUACCAGUGGGUCUGAGCAGGAGCAAGACAGUGGCCUUCAGCUGGUCCACCUCCUCCUAGCCUGCGCCGAGUCAGUCGCAAAGGAAGACUACAUGUCAGCCCGUCGAUUCCUCCACCAUCUCAACCGUGUAGUCAGCCCUCUCGGCGAUUCCAUGCAACGUGUCGCCGCCUGCUUCACCGACGCACUUUCUGCCCGCCUCACCGCAACAAUCACAACCACUCCCAGCACCUUCACCUCAAAAACCUUCACCUCAUUCCCUCCAACAUCCCUAGAAACCCUCAAAAUCUAUCAGAUCCUCUACCAAGCUUGUCCCUACGUAAAAUUCGCCCAUUUCACUGCCAACCAAGCAAUCUUUGAAGCCUUUGAAGCCGAAGAGAGAGUCCACGUCAUCGAUCUCGACAUCCUCCAAGGAUAUCAAUGGCCAGCUUUCAUUCAAGCCCUUGCAGCCCGUCCAGGUGGGGCCCCCUUCCUCCGCAUAACCGGAGUCGGGUCCCCUUUAGAAUCCGUUAAGGAAACGGGUCGCCGCCUAUCUGACCUGGCCCACUCGCUUCACGUCCCGUUCGAAUUCCACCCUGUCGGUGAACGGCUGCAAGACCUCCAACCCCACAUGUUCCACCGCCGAGUCGGCGAAGCUCUGGCUGUCAACUCAGUCAACCGGCUCCAUCGGGUCCCUGGGGCCUACUUAGGCAAUCUCAUCAGCAUGAUCCGUGAUCAGGCCCCAAACAUCGUGACCCUUGUCGAGCAAGAAGCUAACCACAACGGACCCUACUUUCUCGGCCGGUUCCUCGAGGCAUUGCACUACUACUCGGCGAUUUUCGACUCGCUCGAUGCGACUUUCCCGAACGACUCGCCGGAGCGGGCUAAGGUGGAGCAAUACAUAUUCGCGCCGGAGAUCCGAAACAUCGUGGCAUGUGAGGGAGCAGAGAGAAUGGAGAGGCAUGAAAGGCUGGAGAAAUGGAGGAAGAUAAUGGAAGGGAAAGGGUUCAAAUCGGUGGGACUGAGUUCGAAUGCAGUGACUCAGUCGAAGUUAUUACUGGGUUUGUAUCCGUGUGAUGGUUAUAGGUUGACUGAAGAUAGAGGGUGUUUGCUCUUGGGGUGGCAAGAUAGAGCUAUUCUCGCUGCGUCUGCAUGGCGUUGUUGA